AUGGUCAAGUUGUACGGUUUCUCCGGUUCCACAUGCACCCGCCUCGUCGCCCUCAUCUGCAAGGAAAAGAACGUCCCAUACGAGUUGACCUCGGUCAACUUGGCCAAAGGCGAACAGAAGGCCGCAUCGCACACUGCGAUCCAGCCAUUCGGACAGGUUCCAUACAUCGAUGACGACGGCUUCAUUCUAUACGAGUCGCGCGCAAUCGCGAGAUACCUUAGCAAGAAAUACCCCAACCAAGGCACCUCCUUGACUCCUAGCGAUCCCAAGGCAGAGGCUCUGUUCGAACAAGCAGCUUCGAUCGAGACCUUCAACUUCAGCGUUAUCGUCGCGCCCAUCGUCGGCGAAAAGGUGUUCAAGCCGCGCCGUGGUCUGCAACCAGACGAGGCACGUGUCACCGAGCUGUUGGCGAGCCUCCAGAGCAAGAUGGAUGCGUAUGAGGUGAUCCUCAGCAAACAGAAGUACCUUGCUGGUGACUCUGUCACGCUCGCUGAUUUGUACCACCUGCCGUAUGGCACUGCGUUUUACGGACUCGGAGGUAGCUUUGCUGAGGUGUUUGACAGCAGGCCUAGCCUUUCUAGGUGGUGGAAGGAUAUCUCUAGCAGGCCUGCUUGGCUUGCCGUCAAGGAUGGUGCAUAA